GUUUAAAAAAAUAGUAUAAUAUGCAUUGCUUUAGCUAUACUCUCUUUCAAUUGAAAAAAGAGCUUGGAAAAAAUAGCGCCUAUAUGUUGAUAUAGUGCGGCCUCUCCGACGUCGCUUACGGCAGCGGUAUAGAGGUAAGCGUCGCUCACCAUUGGCAAAUAGAUAAGAUUACACUGCCUUAAAUGCGAUUCUUUUCAUGCAAUUUGAGUUUCCUGAGUUACCAAAAACAGUAAUUAGGUGCUCUUGGAGCAUUGAGCGUCAUCAACGCGGUCGAAUCAAUCGUAUACUAUUGUUUAAACUAUCUACAAGCGCUUGUCUCUGACGUCGUCCGGCGCGGUGGUGCAGGCGAAAUCACAACAUACAUAUAUACGUAGUUUGUGCCUGAAUAAGUUGUAAAGAAUUGACGACUUAAUCCGAAAAGAAAUACAAAUAUAUAUUUUUGCCGGCGGGAUACUGUAAACGAAAGCGUUGUGUGCAGUGACUCGCGUUGAAUUGAAUUACAAUUAGUUGUUUGCUAAUAAAAAUACAAUAAUACAAACACACAGUUAAAUAAACAAAAUACUUCAAGUGAAUGCAUAUAAGUAUACAAACUUAUUACUGUUAUCUGAAUACUUACGCUCCCGUAUGCGGUUACACCGCUCAGCGCUCCAUCUAAAUAGUUUUUUUAAGCACAUGCAAAAACGCCAAGUGUGAUAAACGAUAUCGGUUCUGAAUUACGUCUUCGAGUCAGAAAAGUAAAUAUCCACCACAUAUACCAUAUAAUAAUACAAACAUACAUAUGAGUACAUAUAGAACGUGCAGUUUGCAAGCAUAUGUGAUUUCUUAAACUCUUUCUCCUCCUCUUCUGCGCCUUCAUGCUGUACAAUAUGCAAACGAGCAGCAGCAGCAAUAGCAGUCACAGCUGCCAUAGUCGCAAUCGCCACAAUGUAGCACCAACCACGCCAGUCACUCCUGGUACGCCCGAUUCAGCGGGCAUAUUAAUCGGCGCUGCGGGUCAGGCGGUUUAUGAGAAACGCAACAAAACGAUUCUACACUAUUUUCGCGACCGUACUCCGAGUCAUACCCGCGCACUGCAACAACAACAACACUAUAACCACAAUCCCGAACAGCAGUUUCGCCAGCGACAAGAAGCCGUCAUUUAUUUAAAAGAGCCACGUUCCAUUAACAAGCUGGCGCUACUAAAAAGUUCGAGCACUCGCGAUUUGUCGCGCCUGACGGUUGAGGAAAAACCCGUAGAAAUUAAUGUAACGCGUUCUACAGUGCAUUUCGAUAGCUCCACAAAUAGUAGUAAAUCCUCAAGUGAAUCGCCGGUGGCGCGGCGACAUGGACAGCGCAAUCAAGAACAUGCCUACUGUGAGGGGUAUUGUGCGCGACGUAUCACAGAAUUGGAACAACGCGUUACUCUAUUGGAGCAGCAAGUGUUGGCUGAGCGCACAUUUGCAGAGAAACUGUCCACGCGCAUGCAAGAGCUGGUACGUCGGGUAGAAGACCUGAGUCCGUUCAAGCCAACCGAUAAACGAAAACUCACCAGUUUUCGUAAGAAAGGCCCCCAGGCAAAUGCAAAUGCGCAAGCGCCUGCCGCGGUCCAACCUUUAAAGUUAGGGUCGUGGAUAAAUUUUUCCAAUUGGUUCAAGCAACGUCCCAGUAUUGCAACUUUAAAGGAACAAAAUAUCUACAAUGAUGAACCCUGUUUCGACACGUAUAUCGAAGUGGUUCAGAAGCAUGAGAUCCAUAAAACCGUGCCGAAAAUCGUUGUGGAAUGCUGCGUUUUAAUAGAGAAACAUUACCGCGAGGCUUUGGAACCCAUCGAAGGCAUAUAUCGCCAGUGCGGGGAUUAUAAUAAAAUCCAAACUUUGCGCUUUCGCAUUGAUGCAAACGAUUAUGAGUCAUUGCGUCAAUCGAAUGUAGACAUUUUCACAUUGACUGGUGUGCUUAAAUUAUUUCUGCGCGAAAUAAAAAGUCCACUAGUGAGCGCGAAUGAGGCGAAAACAUUUAUUGGUAAACCGAAUCAGUGGCUACUGACAGAUUUAACAACGAAAAUCGAGAUUUUGAAAAAACUGGUACGCACAUUGCCGGAAGUCAAUCGUGAUACAAUGAAUUACCUUUUUGCACAUUUUAAUAAGAUGACGAAAGUGCCUUUACAACAAAUCAGUGCCGAUACACUUGCCAUAUCGAUAACACCAACCAUUUUCCAUCCGCUGCAGAAGGGCGCAAAUACACCGGACUUGCAGGAGAUAAUUAAGGAGGGCCAAUUACUAGCCGAUUGCGUGAAAAUAAUGAUCGAAUAUCAUAGUCGUAUAUUCGAAUACCCGGUGGAGAGGCGACACAAACGUAUCAGUGUGCGGCGUCUACGGAAAACACUAUCACAACCGGAUUUGAUUUUUCAAAAUUUCUUUUAGACAAACUUGUGGUCCAUAUAGCGUACAGUAUUUCAUAAUUUUGUCACCCACCUUAAUAUUCACACUCAUUCUUCCUGUAAACGCAAACGAUGUUGCGUUAGGAAUGCCACAUCAAAUAUAGCCUCCUGCUGCAGCAAUUCAUGCACUUCGUAUUUCAUAGACUCCUCAUAGGCGUACAGAAUGCUCGUAUCAUAGAGCAUCAUUUUACAGUGCGCCAAAGCUAGAAUGCAAUUUCGAAGACGUGCAAUCACUUCACGGUCUGCACGCGGUAUUACUUCACUCAAAUUCUGUGCAUAGCCACCGUCACCGCCAUCAGCUUCAUUAUUCACAGUCGGUGAUAUC